AUGUCGACGCGCCGCAGCGGCCGCGCAUCGAAGCCCGAGAGCAGCGCCGCCGGCGGCCGCCAGGAGUGGAGCGUCGAGGAGGACGACGAGGUGAACCGGGCCGUGGCGCGGCUCGGCAAGAAGGCCUGGGCCCAGGUCGCCGAGGAGCUGAACGCCUCCGGCGUGACGGGGCCGGGUUGUGCGCGGACGGGCAAGCAGGUGCGCGCGCGGUGGGUCAGCUCGCUCGACCCGGACAUCCGCUCGGGCCCGUGGACGGCCGCGGAGGAACAGAUCAUCCGCGACGCGCAGCGCGACAUGGGCAACAAGUGGGCCGAGAUCGCCAAGAAGUUGCCGGGCCGCACGGACAACGCCGUCAAGAACUUCUGGCGCGCGCCCGGCGCCCGA